UCACAGGGACUCGACGAAACGACGAUCCGCUCAACGUGGCAAGCCGUUGUGCCGACCGUAGAUUCGGACGCUCGAUCGCUCGCGCGAGUCCUGUGUGCGGCGAUUCGCUUUUUUUUUUCUUCGUGCUCGGCCGCACGUUGAAUGGCCGACGUCAACCGCCUUCGGCGCAUCAAGAAGUCGUGCCAGAAGAUGCGUUCGUGCCGUCGCCUGGGCGUCCUGCGCGCGGUCGUGAUACCGAGCGAGCCGCCCGACCGCUCGUCCAGGCUCCGCAAGGACCGGUCCGCCGCUCCGCACGAGGGCUCCAAGACGGCGAGAUGGUGCUUCGGUUUGGCCUCGCCACUGGCCGUCACGGUCAAGCCGCUCUUGAUGGCGGACAUCUCCCCAGAGCGGCCGUCGACGCCUCCCAAAGGUGCGCCCGUGACCUCGCCAAACGGCACCGGUACCACCGGCGCCGACAUCAGCAGCGUGGUCGAGAACCUCGCCAAGGCGACGCAGCUGAACGAGAAGUUGAACACCGUCUCCUCUUCCUCCUAUAGUGCCUCAGAGAAGCACUUAAGCAGCGCUCAGAUGUUGAAAAGUUCGACGACGUCGUCGUCAAGCUCGGGGUCACUGCUGAACAAGAAGUCGCAGAUGCUGCACCACUCGCUGGCGAGUUCGCAGCAGCAGACACAGCAACAGAAGGAAGAGCAGCAGCAGCAGCUGUUUCAGCAAGAGAACCGCAGCACCACCAACUACAGCCGCAGCGUGAGCAGGGGCUUCACGGUCGACUGUGGCGUGCCGGAAGGCGCCGAGGAAGGCCGUGUUCGCGAGUCGACGCCCUCCGAGGUUCGUUUCGAACAGAAACGGGUCACCUCUUCGGCCAAGAGCAAGCUGGUGGCCGACGGCGUGACGGCCGAGAAGUCGGCCACCACCAACAAGGAGCUCAAGAGGCUUCAGGCGGGCGACAUCACCUUCCAGGAGAAGCAACACUCUCAGGAAAUGAAAGCUCGCCUGGAAGGCGAAGGAUUCUCGGCCGAGAAAAUUGCCGCUACGAAGCAGGACCAGAAGCAGCUCAAAAUGGGAGACACGCUUCACCAGCAGCAGAAGAGCGCCGCGGCGUCGCUCUCGAAGAUGUCCACGGACGACUACACGGCUGAAGAGAUCUCCAUGGCGAAAAAGGAAGAGCGCCAAAUGUACACCCAGGGCGUACUGCAGCAGGAAAAAAGCGCCGCUUCGUCUGCCAGCUCCAAGGUCUUCAUCAGCUCCAAGGGAGUCUCGAAGUCGUCCGCGUCGCACCAGACCGUCAAGCACAUGGACUACAGCAGUGGCGGCAGCUCCUGCGCUUCACCCAUUGUGACGUCGCCGACGCAGGAGAUGUUCAGCAGCGGUCUACCGCCGCUUCCUUCUAACCAAAGGCUCGCAGUAGGCCAGGGCUUGGCCGAUGAGCUGGACACGUUGCGGUCUCCGCUGCCUCAGCCAGAAGUCGACAAGGCCAUCUCUCGAUUCGCCAGUCGCAUGGCGCUCUGCGUCGAGCAGUUGAAGGCCGCCGCCGACGAAGAAGCUGUAGAGCUUCUGGCCACGAUGUCGGUCAUCAUCCGCAAAGCGUGGGCCGUCCCCACAUACGGUCACGACCUGGGAUUCACCAUGUGCAAUAUCCUGCGGACGAACGGUGGCCUCGAUGUCAUCCUCAAGAACUGUUCUUCCGGCAGCGAGGAGCUGCAGUUCGCCAGUGCCAGGCUCCUGGAACAGUGCUUGUCUACGGAGAACCGGUCCUACGUGGUCGAGCACGGGCUCGAACCCGUUGUGCAGGUGGCGUGCUCGUGCAGUUUUAACAACCAGGUUUCCUACUCCCGGGUGGGAACGGGAAUUCUGUGCCACCUGUUCAAGCAUUCCGAGACCACGUGCAGCGAGUUGAUUCGCCUCGGAGCGCUGAAGUCCAUUCUGUACGACUGCCGCACGAGUGACGUGGAGACGCUGCGGCACUGUGCUUCAGCCCUUGCCAACCUGAGUCUGUACGGCGGGCCCGAGAACCACCAGGCCAUGAUCAAGCACAAGGCUCCCAUGUGGCUGUUCCCGCUCGCCUUCAACCUGGACGACAACAUUAAGUACUACGCCUGCCUCGCCAUCGCGGCGCUCGUGGCCAACAAGGAGAUUGAAGCGGCCGUCAUGAAGUCGGGCACGCUGGACCUGGUCGAGCCUUUCGUGACGAGCCACCAUCCAGAGGAAUUCGCGAAGAGUCACGUGGCUCACGUCCACGGACAGUCCAAAGACUGGUUGCUGCGUUUUGUACCCGUCCUCGACAGCAACAGGGAAGAGGCCCGCAGCCUCGCCGCCUUCCAUUUCGCCAUGGAAGCUGGCAUCAAGAAACGCCAAGGAAACACAUCGGUGUUUGCGGAGAUAGGAGCUUUGGAGGCCUUGCGAAAAGUAGCCAGCUCUCCAAAUGCCAUCGCAUCCAAGUUCGCGGCCCAAGCGCUGCAGCUUAUCGGCGAAGAGGUGCCGCACAAGCUGUCCCAGCAGGUUCCCCUCUGGACUGUUGAGGACGUGAAGGAGUGGGUUAAGCAGAUCGGUUUCACCAACUACGCUUCGGAGUUCGUCAGCAGUCGAGUGGACGGCGACCUGCUGCUGCAGCUGGACGAGCCCAUGCUGAAGGAGGACAUUGGCAUCAAGAACGGCAUUUUGCGGCGCCGCUUCCUGCGCGAGCUGUCGCAGCUCAAGCGCAUGGCCGACUACUCGUCGGUGGACACGACCAACGUGAACCAGAUCCUGCAGAGCCUCGGCUCCGACUUCAGCCAGUACACGUACCGCAUGCUCCAGAGCGGCGUCGACAUGGACUCGCUCAAGCUGCUCAACGACGACCAGCUCUUCAAGGAGUGCGGCAUCGACAACUCCAUCCACCGGCUACGCAUCGGACAGGCCAUCCGCGGUCUCAACCAGUGCGCGGACGAUGCAGACGAAAUCGAACGAAACAAGAGCCUCGACGUCUUCGUCAGCUACCGGCGCUCUAACGGAUCUCAGCUUGCCAGUCUUUUGAAGGUUCACCUGCAACUGCGAGGUUUCUCCGUGUUCAUUGACGUGGAGCGCUUGGAAGCGGGAAAAUUCGACAACAACCUCCUCAACAGCAUACGACAAGCCAAGCAUUUUUUACUCGUCCUUACACCCAAUGCCCUCGACCGGUGCGUGGGUGACACUGACCGCAAAGACUGGGUGCACAGGGAAAUUGUGGAAGCUCUUCAGAGCCAGUGCAACAUCAUUCCAAUCCUGGACAACUUCCAGUGGCCAGAAUCGGAAGUGCUCCCCGAGGACAUGAGGGCAGUCUGCUACUUCAAUGGUGUGCGGUGGAUCCACGACUACCAAGAUGCAUGUGUUGACAAGCUAGAGCGGUUCAUGCGGGGCGAGAUGAAUGUGCGCAGCGACGGUCCGCUGGGCCGCUAUGUGGGCAUGGGAGGGCCUGGCACGCCGGGCACCCCGAGCACGAUGGCCAGCUGCCGUGCGGCGGUCUACCAGCGCAGUGCCAGCAACGACAGCGCCAAGGGUAGCACCUCCUCUGACCGCGAGUCCAGCAAUGGCCGAGCCCCCACAGAGCAGCCACAGGCGCAGCUCCCUGCGCAGCCACACUGCUGACCCCGCAGUGCCAUCGAGGGUCCCCUCACUCACGGACCCACACUAUAAAAAUGAGCAUGCAGCUAGACAUUGCCAUCUGCUCCACCAGCUGUCGUGAUGGAUUGCAUCCUUGAAGCAGGGUUCUACGACCGAUGUGAAGCGAGAAGUGGCUGCCUCUUCUGGAGAGGCUGUGCUCAUCAACGUUCCACAAGCAGCCCAGUCAACUCACAGAAUUGACAAGAGCACCAAUGCAAGAAAAACUGCGAGGACUUCUCGUGGUUCCCCUACAGCUCUUGCUUCUGUGAAAGUCAUGAUGCCACGAGAAUCCGUGGUUACCGAGGAGCAGCACUGCUUGAAAUUGAGGACAAUUACUCAAGCUGUCUCCCCAGGAGUCCUUUGCGAGGCACGUUAAUUUAUGUAAGUGGCACAUGCCAUCAGACAAUGUUUUUGAUGCUCAUGUUGCCCACAUGAAGUAUUCAUCAACCUAAAGCUGCAGCUACAAUGCAUAUUUUAUGACAGGAAUCGCUGAUUGUGUAGAUGGCCAGUUGUGCAAUACUGAGGUCUUGGAAGUUAUGGCCUUUACUUUAUUAAGGACUCGCUAUUUUUCAACGAAGCGAGUUAACUAUGGUAUUAGACCUAGUGAGAUGCCAGUACAGUUUGCUUGGCAAAUUGUUGCUGAAAGUUUGUGCUUGAGGAGGCCACAAAGUCAACAUUAGAAGUGCCUCGUACAGGCUUUAAAGAAGUAAGAUAAGUGUUUUAUAUAUUGCAACAAAGAGUGAGACCUUCUUUAGCACUUGAUGCAGGCAUAAAUGAAGAGAGAACGCAGCUGCAAAGUUUGCCUUCGGAAAUGGCUGCUUGCCUUUGUUUUCCGUCCAGUGCACUUUGUUACGCUGUCACUUAACCAAGUGCUUUUGAGUUGUUCUUUGCAAGGUGUUUUGUUGCUUUAGGACAUAUAGUAUACAACUGGUAUGAGGGAACUGUACAGCAAGGACGAAUAUGAAAGGGAACGCCUGAUUUGCAUUAGAAAGGACAGCUGCUUUGGGAGAAUUGGCACGUGAAGUCUGAAUGUUGCACUUCUAGGCUAAGCACUGCUUGAGUACCAAUUAGGCAUUCCCCUUCAUAUUGGACCAUCCUGUGCACUCUCUUCUAGGCCAGGCACUAUUUUUUCUUGGAAAAAGUUCCCACGCGUAACUUGCUAACAGAGAAAUGAAGUGGCCCGAUAUUUGUUGUUUGAUAGUCAUUGUAAAUUAUUAUUCCUACGGUGCUGGCACCUCAGGAUAUUUAGUAUUUUUAAGUCACAUGUUUGUGUUGUGUUAUCCCUCACUAUUUUUUCCCCAUCCCCCCUUACCUCAUAAACAAGUGCCAGGCAUAAAAGCCUGCUACAUUGCUGAGCACUUGUGAAAUCAAAAAUAUCAUUUCAUUGUUGUACAUACUGCAGGAUGUUCUCAGAUGCCGCUAUGCGAAAGUUAAAUAAACUGUUUUAUAUUAUAGGAAA